AUGCAGAUUGGUGAAAUUGCAGAGUCUAUGGGGUUCUCCGUCGCUCUAUCUUCGAAAUUGCAGCCAAUGAUUAAGAUCGUUCCUCGAGCCAUGUCUGCCGCUGCGGAUGCUUAUCUGGCCCCCGUUAUAAAAGCGUAUAUCGAUUCAAUUUCCGACAACUUCGAUGGCGGUUUCGACGGACAGGAAGAUUGUCGUUUCGAAUUCAUGCAGUCAGAUACCUGUCCCGAGGUGUACGGCAACUGGAACGCAGCAGUUGCCAUUACUCAUUCCGCGAUUAUCUAUUGA